GGAUACACUGGUAAUAAACCUUGGUUUACUUGAACAUCAUAUUACGUGUGUGUGUGGGUUUUUAAUAGUUGAGUUGUAUUUUACAGUGCUUUAAUCACACAAAAAUGGCGUCAACCAUUGUAGAUGGUCGUAGCAGAUAGCAGUAUUUUUUUCAAUCAAUUUACAGCCCCCCCCCCCCCCUUUUUUUUUUGAGGAGGCAAUCAAUUUACAGCCUUGUUUCUUGUUUUCUAGACAAAAUAUUGACUAAAAUAGUUACAGUAACAGAGUGAAAAAAAUUGCUUUUUGUUACCAAAGGUUAAUCAAGGGGAGAAAUUAGUGUUAAUGUUCCCUAUUUUUUUUUUUUUUACAUGGGGGCUGAAGACGAGGGGCGGUGGUGAUUAAUACUGAUGUCAUUGUUUUGGAUUGUCAUUCGCGAACUCGCUGAAAUCCAAGCUAUGGCUACAUCGAAGAAAGUUAUAACCAGAGUAGAGUGGGAGAAAAAACUCAAGGAUGUUAAAGUUAGAAAAGACGAUAUGAAUAAAUUGGUUAUGAACUUUCUGGUUACUGAGGGUUACGUGGAAGCUGCUGAAAAAUUUAGACUUGAAUCUGGGACAGAGCCGGACAUAGAUCUUGCAACCAUUACUGAUCGUAUGGCAGUUAAGAAAGCUGUGCAGAGUGGUAAUGUGGAGGAUGCUAUUGAAAAAGUUAAUGAUUUGAACCCCGAGAUAUUGGACACAAAUCCCCAACUCUUUUUUCAUCUCCAACAGCAGCGGAUGAUAGAAUUGAUCCGGAAUGGGAAGGUUGAGGCAGCUUUAGAAUUUGCUCAAGAGGAACUUGCUCCCAGGGGAGAGGAAAACCAAGGCUUUUUGGAAGAGUUAGAAAGGACUGUUGCGUUGCUUGCUUUUGAAGAUGUUGCCAAUUGCCCCGUUGGUGAGCUGCUUGAUAUAUCACAACGGCUCAAGACUGCUAGUGAGGUGAAUGCAGCUAUCCUUACCAGUCAAAGCCAUGAAAAGGAUCCAAAGCUCCCGAGCUUAUUGAAAAUGUUGAUACGGGUGCAAAACCAGUUAGACGAGAAAGCCUCUUACCCUCGAAUAAUUGACUUAUCUACUGCAGCUUUGGAAGAUCCUGUUGUUUGAUGAUAAGAGGAAAAAUUUGGUGUGGUUGCAAGUUACAUGGAAGAGGAGAGGUUAUUUCCUAGGAAUUAGUAAGAGUGAGUGCUGCAUUUGUGGUCAUAGCUCAUGUAUAUUCUAAUAUCAUACCUGGCAUUAACUUCAUCCAAAGAAAUAUAUGUAAGGUUACAUUUGCCCCUUCAAUUUAGUUAACUCACUUGGUGUGGUUCACCAGAUUA